AUGUCAGGACGAGGAGGGGGCAGUAACAGUGGUGGAUUGUUGCAGGAUUGGUUGGAGAAGCAUGCCCAAGUAGGAACGGCAGGGAGGAGUGCGGAGGAGGUAGCCAAGGAAAUUACAGCGGAGUUGAAGAAAGAUUUGGAGGAAGCAUGGAGUAAAUUGCAAGCGGCCUUGACCCAGGGGGAGCCGAAGGAAAUGACGGACCUUUGUUCUGAGGGCGUAUCGUGGGAGGGGAAGAAAUUAGGUUACCGCCAACAGUAUAAACAGGAUUUAUGCAAAGGAGUAGUGGAGCUGAGAUAUUUUACAGCCGGUGGGGGGACAGUAAGGAACAGAAAGCUAGAAUUUGAAACAUCCAUUGAACCGGAAGAAUGGUACCCACGUUGUGUGGUCGGUGCCCUUGCUUUAGGCGAACUGUACGGAGAUCAUUGUCAGUUGGAGGAAGUCAUAAGUGAAAUAUCCCCUAAGGUGGAAAUGAAGUUAGCGCAGAAUAAAGCAGCUGCCAGGAAUUUGGGCAAAUGUGAGGAUAUUGCGCAUACGGACAUAAUGCUAGCUAAAGCACUUCUGCAUGAUCAAAUCAAGAAAUGGACAAAAACAAAAAGGGACGCGAAGAAGCAGGGGGGUUGGAGGAUAGGGAACCUCUGGGAUGAUAGGUGGAUGAGGGUCUGCCCCGUUGGGGGAAAGGGUGCGAAGGAAGAACAAAUAGCUGAAGCAAGGAGGAAAGCAAAGCAGGAAAAUGCAGAAAGUUUAACAACCUUAGUAGAAGUGGGAACUGCUCCCACGUCCACCCAACCUGGUGAACCAAGCAUGGCAGACAUAUUAAGUAAGGACGACUUAACCUUAGAAGUGACUGCAGUAGAGAAGGCAUUUGAAGCUGUAACAAAGGGUGGCACUGUGGACCCUACAAAACUAACGCAGGCAAUGGAGAAGAUAAAGGAAGCAUCUAAAGAAAAAACAGCUGAUGUUUGUAUCAAGAGUAAGAAGAGCGGUGAUCAGGAGAAAAAUAUGUGUGAACGCUUACAAUGUAUUGUUGACUACUUAAAGGAAAGGGAUAAAGCAACAGCAUCAGGAUCACCCAAACCAACGAUUGACUUUUGGGAGAAGGACAAUGGCGCAGUAAAGGCACUGUGGGAUGAUUUGGCAAAAGCAAUGACAACGGAAGGCACAAAAGAGAACGGAAAUGUGGAUUGUAAGGGAUUGGAUAAACCAUCUGACAGGGCGGCAUGCAAUUUUUUGCAUGCCGGCUUAAACUAUCUGUAUUCGACGGAUACGACGGCGACGUCGUUGGCGUCGUCGACGACGUCAGUCGUCGACGUCUUAAAGAACAACCCAUCGUUUAGACAAACGAUGGGUUGUUUUUUACUUCAUGCUUAUGCAAAACACAUGAAAGAAAAAGCUACUUGUCUUAUUGAUGAUGGAAUAAAGAAGGCAUUCGAUUCAUGGCAGAACCCGGAAAACCAAACUGGAACUUCUUGCAAUGGCACUGAUAAAAAUUGUAUUCCAUGCAAAUGGGAACAGGACAACUAUGAUCAAUGCAAAAUUAACACAAAUGGAGGCGCCCCCGCCACAGGGGAGCCUGUUGAGAACAAAUUGAAGGGCAUCAUUGAGGAAGACAAGGAGAACCACGUUAAGACAAUGGCAAAGAAAAUAAACGAAGUGACCGCACUCUGUGACCAAGUCAAAUGUGUUACAGCUCGAUGGAGGAAACAUAAUACCAAUGGCGGUAGCGAUCGUACUUGGGAGGAAGUGUGGAAGGAAGUUGGAAAGGAAAUCCCCAAUGUUGGCGAAGCCCUCAAGAAAGCAACAUCUGACGGAAAUAAGAAUGAGUUUGAACAGUACUGUAAUGGUCUAAAGAGGGUGAAUGGAGUGGAGCAGGGAAAGGAGGCUUGCCUCCUUAUAGCAGCAGGAUUAAAAAACCUCUACGACAUCCAAGACAACGCCGACCAUGUUAAUGCAUCGUUCCAAAGAACGAUGCAAUGUGUUCUUUUAAAUGCCAUUGCAAAUAAAUUAGAAAGACUUCCAUGUAAAGAGGAAAGGAGUGUAACGGAAGGGAUAAAGAAGGCAUUUGAGAAUAGUGAAAAAAUUAAGGGGGAAAAUAACUGCAGUAGUGAUAAAUGUUUUAAGUGUGAUAGGUUUAAGACUCUCUCAACUUGCUAUGUGAAUAGUAACAGUGACCCCGUAAAGACGAAGGUGGAUGAGAAGCUCGAAAAUGAAGACACAUUUAAGGAGAAAUCUCUCGAGACAAAAAUAUGUAAACCGUGUACGGGGAGUGGCACUCUCUGCGAUCAGUUCAAGUGUGUAGCGAAAAAGUGGGGAGCACUUAGGGGUCACAGUGAUAUUCCUCCAUGGGAUAAAAUGAGUGGCGACAUCGGUGGGGUCCUAAACACACUCCUAACUAAUAUGCGGGAUAAACAGAGUGAAGUUGCCACCUACUGCAGCGCAUGGGACGAUGACGCCCCGGGAAAAGCUAAUAAAGCAGCUUGCUUGCUCGUUGCAGCAGGACUACAGCGCAUUUCGUAUUUUCAGCAUGAGUAUAAACCGUACCGGACUAAUGGCGAUUAUAACCCCUAUGAUAACCAAGAGUAUAAACAAUUAGUUUCCUGCUUAUUGUUGAAGGCAGUUGCUCAUAGAAUGAAGGAGGAGAGCAAAAUUUGCAACAUAGAGGAAGGGAUUAAGGCCGCUUUCUCAAAGGCAGACGAAAUUAAAAAAGAGAAAUGCAUAAAUGGUAAACCCUGCAUUGUUUGCACAUGGGACGAGAAUACUCAGGACUGGCUCAAAGACUGCAAUAUCAACAAUGGCAAAGGCCCCACUGUCAAUGUAAAGACCAAGUUGAAUAAGUUGCUCACGCAGGAAAAAAAUAAGCCCCACGUUGACUCCACCUUGAGUGCAAUAACUAAGGAAGAAGGAAACAAAGGACCCACUUUAUGUCCAAGAUUACAGUGCUUAGCAUCUCGAGUUCAAGCACUACAGACCCAGGGGCAAGCGCAAUCAUUUUGGGAGAAGAAUGGUGAAGUUGACAAACUAUGGAAUGAACUGGCGGGGGAAAUGAACACAAGGGGCACAGAAGAACAAUCCGAAUGCAAUACAGUGGACACUGGCAGAAAACCCACCGACCCUGAAAAGAGGGCAUGCAACCAUCUUACCUUAGGUUUCAACAAACUAAAACAGGAUCCACCUUCCAACGGCAAUAAUUACACCAUCCUGAAGAAGGACAACCCACUGUUAAGACAAACAGUGGGUUGUUUCCUUCUUAAGGAAUAUGCAAAAAAAAUGCAAAAAGGCUCAAAAUGUGUUAUCACUUCCGGUUUAAAGAAAGCUUUUGAUUCAUGGAAUGGAAGUAUUAAUGGACAAUGCACGAACAAUACUUCGUGCAUUAAAUGUGAAUGGAAAGAUAACGAAUAUGACAGCUGCGACGUGAAGAUUACCACAAAUGGCAACCAAACAGAAACUGCAAAGAACAAAAUUGGUACAUUGCUCGACGAUAAAAAGGCAGAAAGGAACGCAGCCAUGGACAAAAUAAACGAAACAAAGUCUCUAUGCGCCAAACUCAAAUGUGCUGCACCCAAAUGGUUCGAAAACCAAAACAAGCUAGCUAACGGUAAAGGUGGUAGUGUUAGCACACCAGCGAAGACUUGGUGUAACUUUUGGGAUGGCGCUGUUAAAGAUGCACUGAAGGAAAUGUUCGAGAAGAUUGAGAAGAAUGGACAGAACAGUACAACCAACAAUAAUGCUGCAUGCAGAGCAUUUGGUGAUGGUAAUCCACUUAGUGUUGAAAGAAAAGCUUGUAAUCACAUUGCGGCGGGACUAAGAUACAUUAACAAAAUUGGAGGUACUGACAGCGGCGGCGCCCAGACCUCUAAUGCAAAUGCAAUGAAUUUUGACAAGUUUUUUAAACAAACUAUGAUGUGCGCAGCACUUAACCUUUACGCAGAUAAAAUAAGAGAUGAGUCCCAAAAGAAAUGUCCCAUUGAUGAGACAAGAAUAAAAGAAAUGUUCUCUUAUGGGAAUGCAAUUAAUAAUAGUACUUCGUCUUCGACUUCGUGUAAGAGUGGAGUUUAUGGUUGUUUUGAAUGCAAAAGGAAUGAUAAAAUUUUGGAGGGUUGCGAACUAAGUGUUGCCAGCUCAUUAAUUAGUACAACAUCACCAUCAUCACCAAAUGGACAAAAUUGCACUUCCAGCGACGAUAAUAAAAAGGUUCAAGAGAAAAUGACCAAUCUCCUCAAAGAAGACCCCAUCAGAAUGAAUGAAACAUUAUCCACCAUAAAUAAAAUGGACUCUUUCUGUAGUAAAAUGCAAUGUGCAGCAAAACAAUACCACAAAAGUAACAACAAAAAUGGAAGACCAUUAUCUUGG